UCGGUACCAGGAAGGCACCGACCCCAACCUAACCUUCGACUUCACCUUCAACGAUGAGCCGAAGGACGUCCCGAGCCGGUGUCGAUGGACGACGCCUACAACCCUAGCAACCACAUGUCCCACCAAGGCAUGACGAAUCCCGAGGUGUCCAAAGUAACGGACAACCUUUACUUCCAGGUCAAGUUCACUUGCACAAAGGGAAUAAUGUUCAAUGUUCCCAUCGACAAUGCGUCCAACGAGCUGAGCGACACGGAGCUUGAAUACAUGAAGGUUCUCAGGAUGCUGGCUGAGCCCGCAUCCAAGACGAUCACCCUUCGUCUUCUACUCACUAAGAAGCAGAGUGAGUGUCUUGAGAACAAUGAGACGUUGGACGGCCGGGAGUUUCUUAAAGAUGUCAUGAACAUGCCCGCGCGUCCCCGUCUUCCCUACGCUCAACAUCUGCGCAUGAAGGGGACUGUCUAUGCGCAGGCCAACAACAUGAAGAAGCUGUCCGCCAGGCUCAAGCACGGCUCUCCUCACAUGCCGAUCCCUGGUCAUCCCGAAUUUAUCGAUCCAGUGGAAGCGGAGGUCAAACUGGCCUUCGACGUCGAGAAGCAAGUCUGAUUUUUGUCCUUUCGCGCUCGCACAAACUGACAUUCUUGAUAGGAGUAUCGGGAGCAGCUUGCACUUUUCAAGCAGUUCGAGAAGAACCA